AUGAAUAAUUCAACAGGCUGUUCAGCCAAUGCAACAGUUUGCAAUGGCACAUCCUGUGUAGUAACUUCUGGAAAUUUCAAUGCCAUUCUGAGUGUGGUCCUCAGUACCAUCUUGACCAUUCUCCUGGCUUUGGUAAUGUUCUCCAUGGGAUGCAAUGUGGAAAUCAAGAAAUUCCUAGGGCACAUAAGGCGGCCGUGGGGCAUAUGUGUUGGCUUCCUCUGUCAGUUUGGAAUCAUGCCCCUCACAGGAUUCAUCCUGUCAGUGGCCUUUGGCAUCCUCCCCAUCCAAGCUGUAGUGGUGCUCAUCACAGGAUGCUGUCCAGGAGGAACUGCCUCCAACAUCUUGGCCUAUUGGGUUGAUGGCGACAUGGACCUGAGCGUCAGCAUGACCACAUGCUCCACGCUGCUGGCCCUGGGAAUGAUGCCGCUGUGCCUCUUUACCUAUACCAAAAUGUGGGUCGAGUCUGGGACGAUCGUAAUUCCCUAUAAUAACAUAGGUACGUCUUUGGUCACUCUUGUUGUUCCUGUUUCCAUUGGAAUGUUUGUUAAUCACAAAUGGCCCCAAAAAGCCAAGCUCAUACUUAAGAUUGGGUCCAUCACUGGCGCAAUCCUUAUUGUGGUCACAGCUGUGGUGGGAGGAAUACUGUACCAAAGUGCCUGGAUCAUCGCUCCCAAACUGUGGAUUAUAGGAAUGAUAUUUCCUGUGGCCGGUUACUCUCUAGGGUUUUUUCUGGCUAGAAUAGCUGGUCAGCCCUGGCACAGGUGCCGAACAGUGGCUCUGGAGACAGGGAUGCAGAACACUCAGCUGUGCUCCACCAUAGUCCAGCUCUCCUUCACCCAAGAGCAGCUCAAUUACAUAUUCACAUUCCCACUCAUCUACAGCAUUUUCCAGCUCGUCUUUGCAGCAGUAUUCUUAGGAAUUUAUUUUGGAUACAAGAAAUAUUAUAGAAAAAACAAUGAGAAAUUUCCAGAGAACAAAGACAACGAGAAAGUCCCCGAGUCAUCACUCCAUAAGGUGAAUGAAGGCUUUCAACUAGAUGAAAAGUAG